AUGUCAUUUAUUGCUUUUGCGGGGGGGAUGGUGGGUGGAGGUCAUAGGUGUAUUUGUCAUUUCAGAGGUGAUUUGCAUUUGUCUGAGCAACGAAGAAAUAAAACAAAAACGCGUGGCCGAGAAAUCCAGCGCAGAGUCGCAUGUGCUCUAUGCCAACUUGAACAAAUCGCAUGCAUUCAUCUGGAACCGCCAGUACCACGAAGCGCCUUGAUAAAGUUACAGCUUAAGCAUUUUGCCUCUGAAACCAUCUGUCGCAGAGAGUUCUGUUUCACCUCGGGCACAACAAGUUCGCAUGGAAUGGUUUUUCCAGCUGCAAAUGAACAAGGUCGAGUUUCAUCUUGA